ACUGAGCUGCUCGUGGAACCUGAGCAGUAGUGGGCGCUGACGUCAGGGGGGAGGAAUUUCAAUAUGGAGACAGUGGUAAUGUGUGGGGUAGUAUGAGCUGCAGACGCUCGUUCGUAAGAAACGAGUUCAUAGCACGUCUUUUUUCAGUUUAUACAGCUGUUUGAGUUCACGUUGUGUCUGCUGUUACAAAGUACUAUUUCGCCGUCUUUGUGUCCCUGAACAGAAGUUUGCAGAACAUGCUGAAAAGGACAUACGGCUACAAAUAACUGGCUAUCGGCAGAGUUUACGUUGUGGACUACAGCUUCAUUCACAUAGUGGAGUCAAUGAAGUCAGGGUGCUGUUUUCAGAGUUGGGGCGAUCAGAGUCCCCGUCCCGGGGCCGCCUUUAGGGAGGUGCAGCUGUGAAGUCCUGUCUGAGAAUGUGGACUUGGGGCUCCCCAGGGAACUGUCUGGGUGCCCCGCCGCCGUGUGCCGCUUCGCAGCGAGGCAGCAACAGCUGCAUCGUCUAAACCGGAGGUGGUAAUUUGUUGUUUGGGGAGGAGCGGCUAAGGGGCGAAAGAGGAGAUUCCUCUCAGGCAGACAAAGAAGGAUGACGAACCGCUUUGACCAGUUAACUGCACCGAAACAAAAGAAAGUAAAACGAAAUAGGAAUACUCUAAACAGACGGCAGAGAACUGGAAACUCUGCCAGAGGACUUGGCUAGAGGAAGCAGAGCACUACUUAACAUGCGCCCCGAAAGUUUGGAUGUGUCCUUUUACUAAGUAAAACUUUUCACAUAAUAGAACCUCCCCAGGCCUUGAUAGAAGGGAACUUUAUUUAUAUGUCUCUAUUUAUCUGGUAAAACAAAGGCUGAACAUCAGUUCAUUUUCCUGGUCUACCAUGGGACACAAAAUGAAUCCCACAUUGCUUGUCGUGCUGCUGGCAUGUUGGAUCUGGAGUGGAGUUUCGGGGAUCCCAUCUGGUUGUAUGCUGAAAGAUGAGCGCCCGAGGGGUGCAGGAAGUAAAUCUGCAGCAGCUGUGGAUAAGAGGGUGAUAUGUAAGGAACUGGAACUGACUCAGGUCCUAAGUUCGGUGAUGCUUCCCAACAGGACAGUCUCAUUAGACUUCAAGAAUAAUACUUUAAGCUACAUAGAGCCAGGAGCUUUUGAAGGACUGUCAUCACUGAAAAGAUUAGAUCUGUCAGAUAACAAGCUGGGCUGCCUGAACAGAGAAAUGUUUAAGGGACUCCAGAGUCUUAGUAAGCUGAAUCUGACUGGAAAUUUGUUUUCAUCUUUGACACAAGACACUUUUGACAAUCUUGUCUCAUUGAAGAACUUCGAAUUCCAGACUGAUUACCUUCUGUGUGACUGCAACUUACUGUGGUUGCCUCGAUGGAUCAAAGAAAAAAACAUUACUGUACGGGAAACCAGAUGUGCCUAUCCCACCUCUUUACAAGGACAGUUGGUGGCAGAUGUCAAACUGGAACUUCUGACAUGUGAUGCUCCUCUUGAGUUGCCAUCAUUUUAUAUGACACCUUCCCAUCGUCAGGUUGUGUUUGAAGGAGACAGUCUACCUUUCCAGUGUAUGGCAUCCUACAUCGAUCAGGAUAUGCAGGUGCUGUGGUAUCAGGAUGGAAAAAUGGUUGAAACAAACGAGUCCCAGGGGAUCUUUGUUGAAAAAAGCAUGGUCCAUAACUGCUCUCUAAUAGCAAGUGCACUGACAAUUUCCAACAUCCAAGCUGGUUCAACAGGAAACUGGGAGUGUCGUGUCCGAACCAGACGUGGAAACAAUACAAGAACAGUAGAUAUUGUGGUGCUACAAAGCUCUGCUCAGUAUUGCCCUCCAGAGAAAGUUGUUAAUAACAAGGGAGAAUUCAGGUGGCCAAGGACCCUGGCAGGCAUUACUGCAUAUGUGCUGUGCACAAGAUACUCUGCGGGAAGUGGAAUCUAUCCUGGGGGCUCCGCUGAUGACAGAAGAGCUUGGCGUAAAUGUGACAGGGGAGGAUUUUGGGUAGCGGAAGAUUACUCCCGCUGCCAGUAUUCAAGUGAUGUCACCAGAGUGCUUUACAUGUUUAACCAGAUGCCACUUAAUGUCACCAAUGCUGUAGCGACAGCUCGACAGCUACUAGCUUAUACUGUGGAGGCUGCCAACUUUUCUGAUAAAAUGGACAUCAUAUUUAUGGCAGAAAUGAUAGAAAAGUUUGGCAAAUUUCCAGAGAAAUACAAAGAGCUUGAUGAUGUUAUGGUGGAUAUUGCCAGCAAUAUUAUGCUAGCAGAUGAACAAGUGCUUCGGAUGGCUCAAAGAGAGGCUAGGGCAUGCUCUCGGAUCGUGCAGUGGUUACAGCGCAUUGCUAGCUAUAGGUUAGCAAAUGGUGCACAAGUAUAUUCAUCGUAUUCCCCAAAUAUUGCAGUGGAAGCGUAUGUGAUUAAAGCUGCUGGAUUUACUGGGAUGACAUGUACAGUGUUUCAGAAGGUGGUUCCUGGAGACAGAAUAAGCCUUCCUGAUUUUGGGAGAAGAGACAUGGAUGGAAAUCUUGAUAAACAACUAAGCUUGAAGUGUAAUGUCACAAAUACUCUUUCCAGCUUGGCACUCAAGAAUACUGUAAUGGAGGCGACAAUCCAUCUCCCAGCAUCUUUGUUUUCUCAGCAUAGCAGCCAAGGUGCUGUAGAGGAGAACAGCUAUAGGCUGCAGCUCAUUGCAUUUCGUAAUGGAAAGCUGUUCCCAGCCACUGGAAAUUCAUCAAAUCUAGCCGAUGGUGGAAAAAGGCGAACAGUUGCUACCCCAGUUAUACUUACCAAAAUAGAUGGUCUGACUGUUGAAAAUCUUAGUAUCCCAAUCAAUCUGACCUUGCGACGCAUUGCCCAUGGAAUAGAUGCUGUAGCAGCCCAGUGGGAUUUUGAUCUAUUAAAUGGUCAAGGAGGAUGGAAAGUAAAUGGAUGUCGUAUUGUGUCUUCUGAUGAAAAUGUAACCACCAUUCAGUGCAAUUCCAUCAGCAAUUAUGCAGUACUUUUGGAUUUGACCAGACCAGAAGUUUCCCACUCUGCUGAACUCUUGCAUCCAGUUGUCUAUGCCGCUUCUGUCGUUUUACUUUUAUGUCUUUUAAUAAUUCUUGUUAGCUACAUAUACCAUCACAGUGUUAUCCGGAUAAGCCGCAAAAGUUGGCACAUGCUGGUAAAUGUUUGCCUUCACGUUUUCCUAACUUGUAUGGUGUUUGUCGGUGGCAUUGCUCAGUCUAAAAACAUCACUGCCUGCCAAGCAGUUGGUAUACUGCUGCAUUACUCCAGUCUUGCUACAUUACUGUGGGUAGGAGUUACUGCUCGUAAUAUCUACAAACAAGUAACAAAAAAAAGUAAGCGAUGCCAGGAUCCUGAUGAACCUCCACCACCACCUAGACCUAUGCUUAGGUUCUAUUUAAUCGGUGGGGGCAUCCCAGUAAUUGUUUGUGGAAUAACUGCAGCAGCGAAUAUUAAAAAUUAUGGAAGCCGACUAAAUGCACCAUAUUGCUGGAUGGCAUGGGAACCUAGUCUUGGAGCAUUUUUUGGACCAGCAGGCUUCAUCCUCUUCAUAAAUUCUAUGUAUUUUCUCAGUAUUUUCAUUCAGCUGAAGCAGCAUCCUGAACGCAAAUAUGAGCUGAAAGAGGCAGCUGAGGAGCAGCAACAUUUAGCUACUAGUGAGCACGGUGAAAUGAAUCAUGAUUCUGCAUCCAUAUCACAGGCAAACUGCUCUGUGGUUUCUGCAUCUGCUCUGGAAAAUGAACACACAUUUCAAGCGCAGCUGCUAGGGGCAAGCCUCACUUUGUUCCUUUAUGUUUUCGUUUGGAUUUUUGGAGCACUGGCAGUUGCAUUGUAUUAUCCUUUGGACCUUGUUUUUAGCUGUCUUUUUGGAGUCACUUGCUUAGGGUUUGGCACAUUCCUUGUUAUGCACCACUGCGUUAACAGGGAGGAUGUGCGACGUGACUGGAUAAUUACUUGCUGCCCUGGGAGGAGUACCUAUUCAAUGCAAGUUAGCAUUCAGCCAAAUGAUGAUAGUCAAACUAAUGGUGAAGCUUCCAAGUGUGCUAACAGUAGUGCAGAGUCCUCUUGCACCAAUAGGAGUGCUUCAAGCUUAAAACAGUCCUCUCAAGGGUGCAAACUAACAAACUUGCAUGUUGCAGCAGCUCAGUGCUACACAAACAUUUUACCAGUGAGCACAACCGCACAGUUGGACAACAGUUUGACUGAGCAUUCUUUAGACAAUGAAGCAAAAAUGCAUAUCUCCCCACUUGAGAUGCAUUUCCGCUCUAAUGGGAAUUCAAUCAAACACCACAAAAAUAGGACUAGAGCAAACCGAGCUAGCAGAUUGACAGUAUUGCGAGAAUAUGCAUAUGACGUACCUACUAGUGUUGAAGGGAGCGAACAGAAUGGGAUUCCAAAGACUCGACCGAGCAACCAUGAAGGGCAUUCAAGGAGUCGAAAGGCAUACUUGGCUUACAGAGAGCGCCACUUUAAUCAGUGCCAGCAAGACAGCAGCGAUGCUAGCAGCACACUACCAAGGUACAGUAGGAACAUAGACAGAGCUGGCAGCACUGACAAAGACAGUUUAAGACUACCAGUUGCAGUUGAACUGGAAAGUCAACAGAAGUCGUAUGGUGUUAAUUUGGUCACUCCGAAUGGACUGUUAAAAGGAAGUGGCCAAGAAACACCCCUAGUAAGUGCAGACAGCUCUGGGAACAUUAGAACUGGGCUAUGGAAACAUGAAACUACUGUGUAGUAAUUUACUUUUACUGCUGUAAAAAUUCAUUUAAACUGUGAUACAUUCCCUUAAGCUAUGUAUUUUUCAGUUGUUUACAGACUUUGGGAUUUGUAUAACAGACAUGAACACUACAUACAGAAAUGUGAAUCAGUCACUUUAAAAAAAAAAAAAAGGAAAAUCAGAUAAUGUAUAGUAUUGUACUUGUAUGAAGAGAGCCAUUUGCUUUUUUGCAUUUGUAUUUUAUAGCAGAGUCCUGUUUUGAUAGUGAAAUGCAGGAUAAGUUUUUUAAGCAACAUUUUUGACAGUGUGUUGUAAAAUAUUCAGUCUUGUAAUUUACUGUAUAAUUAAACCAUUUGUUUUCAGGACAGACCUAUAGAGAUUCAGCUUAAAAAAUGCAUUUUGUACAUGUUGCCAAUAAAACAUCAGUACUGGCUUGUUUAGGAAAACA